GCGGCGCGUGCCUGCGCGAGGUCGCGCCGCGCUUCGUUCGCCGCGAGGUGCUCCAUCGCCGCCUGCUUGCGCUCGUUCGCGGCGCGCGCGUCCUUCCAGCGCCGCGUCGCCCGGGCCUCGAGGAGCUGGAUCGUCGCCUCCUGGGCCGCCCAGGACUCGUCGAGCGCCGCGAGGCGCGCGUCCGACUUCGCCUCGGCGUCGGCGGCGUCUCUAGCGUUUAUCUCGGCGCGCGCGAGGUCCUCGUCGCGCGGGCUCGUCGGCGCGGACGACGGCUCCGACGGCGCCAGCGGCGUCGUCGGUUCUUCCUCUUCCUCCUCCGAGAGUGAGCGCUCCGACGACGACGUCGUCGCGUCCGAGGCGUCGCCGUCGGAUUGGAAGAGGCCGCGGCGCGCGGUGGUUCGUUUUUUUACUGUGAUUGGUGAUGUUGGGACGGGCGUAGCCAUCUUUACGUGCAGCGCUCUCCGAGACUGUUUCGCUCUCCGGGGCCUCCUGGUGAGUUAUGGCUCAGUCUUGCAACGCGACCGAGCUGUUGGGACUCAAAGCCCUCUUCUGAGUCGCUGUGCUGGCUCGCGAUCGCUGCUCGCGCUCGGCGCGCCGCACAGCGCAGCU